AUAAGCUGUUUUAAACCUCUGCCCUACUCUGCUCUGUCUCUUUCGCAUUUUCCUUCGUCUUCUUCGUGCCAAUUCUAAUUCCGACUCCAAUACGAUUGUUGUUAAGACUAUCAUGGCGUUCCAGAAGAUCAAGGUGUCCAACCCCGUCGUUGAGAUGGACGGAGAUGAAAUGACUCGAGUUUUCUGGAAAUCAAUAAAGGAUAAGCUUAUUGUCCCAUUUCUGGAGUUGGACAUUAAGUACUUUGACCUUGGUCUUCCGAGUCGUGAUGCCACUGAUGAUAAAGUUACAAUUGAAAGUGCAGAAGCUACUCUCAAGUACAACGUAGCAAUCAAGUGUGCAACUAUUACUCCAGAUGAAGGUCGUGUGAAGGAGUUUAGCUUGAAGCAGAUGUGGAAGAGUCCAAAUGGGACAAUUAGGAAUAUAUUGAAUGGUACUGUCUUCAGAGAACCAAUUAUUUGCAAAAACGUUCCUCGUCUUGUCCCAGGUUGGACAAAGCCUAUAUGCAUCGGAAGGCAUGCUUUUGGUGAUCAAUACCGAGCAACUGAUACAGUUAUUCAAGGAGCUGGGAAAUUGAAAUUGGUAUUUGUACCAGAAGGACAAGAGAAGACAGAGUUAGAGGUUUUCAACUUUACAGGUGCUGGGGGAGUGGCACUAUCGAUGUAUAACACUGAUGAGUCGAUCCAUGCGUUUGCUGAGGCUUCCAUGAACACUGCCUAUGAGAAGAAGUGGCCACUUUAUCUUAGCACAAAGAACACUAUUCUGAAGAAGUAUGAUGGAAGAUUCAAGGACAUAUUUCAAGAAGUUUAUGAGGCUAAUUGGAAAUCGAAGUUUGAGGCUGCUGGCAUAUGGUACGAGCACCGACUCAUUGAUGAUAUGGUGGCUUAUGCUCUCAAGAGUGAAGGAGGUUAUGUAUGGGCGUGCAAGAACUAUGAUGGUGAUGUCCAGAGUGAUUUCUUAGCCCAAGGAUUUGGAUCUCUUGGAUUGAUGACAUCUGUGCUGGUGUGUCCAGAUGGAAAGACCAUAGAAGCAGAAGCUGCCCAUGGUACUGUUACACGGCAUUAUAGGGUUCAUCAGAAAGGAGGUGAAACCAGCACCAACAGCAUAGCCUCGAUUUUUGCUUGGUCACGAGGACUUGCACACAGGGCAAAGCUGGAUGGGAAUGAUAAACUUCUGGAUUUCACUCAGAAACUAGAAGCAGCUUGUGUUGGAGUCGUGGAAUCUGGGAAGAUGACCAAGGAUCUUGCAAUUCUUAUCCAUGGACCUAAGGCUACUAGGGCUCAUUACCUGAAUACUGAAGAGUUCAUUGAUGCUGUCGCUGCAGAACUUAGAGCAAGACUUUCUGCCUAAGCAUAAUAGUUGAAUGGAUUGGCAACCUGGACAACGAGAGGCCUCUUUGAUAACUUGAUAUGACAUCUGGGAACAAUAAAAAUUUUUAAUUCUGAUUGCUAGCAGCAGACAGAUAUAAUUGUUGGAUUAUCUUUAAUCUCGCAUUUACGGUAGAGUCUGGCGCUGCACUUGUUUGAAAUAUAUUUACUUUCAUAUUACCAUUUCCCUUCUGUUACACAAACUGGUCCAAACUCCAUUCAGAAUAUGAAAUUCAUCUCUCAAACAA